AUGGCGGCGCAGGGGGAGCCGGGGCCGGCCGGCCAGCGCGGCGCCCGCUCCCCGGGACCCCCCUCCCCGGAGGACCAGCCCGGGCAGGGCCCGCCGCACAGCCCCGAGUGGGGCGAGGAGCGCUUCCGCGUGGACAGGAAGAAACUCGAGGCCAUGCUGCAAGCUGCUGCCGAGGGCAAAGGCAAGAGUGGGGAAGACUUUUUUCAAAAGAUUAUGGAAGAAACAAAUACUCAGAUUGCUUGGCCAUCGAAGUUAAAGAUUGGAGCCAAAUCUAAGAAAGAUCCCCAUAUUAAGGUCUCUGGAAAGAAAGAAAAUGUUAAAGAAGCCAAGGAAAGGAUCAUGUCUGUUUUAGACACAAAAAGCAAUCGGGUAACUUUGAAGAUGGACGUUUCACAUACGGAACAUUCUCAUGUAAUUGGCAAAGGUGGCAACAAUAUUAAAAAAGUAAUGGAGGAAACAGGAUGCCACAUCCAUUUUCCAGACUCCAAUAGGAAUAACCAAGCUGAAAAAAGUAACCAGGUGUCUAUUGCAGGGCAGCCAGCCGGGGUAGAAUCUGCAAGAGUUCGAAUUCGGGAGCUGCUUCCUUUGGUUCUGAUGUUUGAGCUACCCAUAGCUGGAAUUCUCCAACCAAUUCCAGAUCCUAAUUCUCCCACUAUUCAGCAUAUAUCACAAACAUACAACAUCUCAGUAUCAUUCAAACAGCGAUCCCGAAUGUAUGGUGCUACUGUCAUUGUUCGAGGGUCGCAGAAUAACACUAGUGCUGUGAAGGAAGGAACUGCCAUGCUGUUGGAACAUCUCGCUGGGAGUCUGGCAUCUGCUAUUCUUGUCAGCACCCAACUAGACAUUGCAGCUCAACAUCAUCUCUUUAUGAUGGGUCGAAAUGGAAGUAACAUCAAGCAUAUCAUGCAGAGAACUGGUGCUCAGAUCCAUUUUCCUGAUCCCAAUAACCCACAAAAGAAAUCCACUGUCUACCUCCAGGGCACAAUAGAGUCCGUCUGUCUUGCUAGACAAUAUCUCAUGGGCUGUCUUCCUCUUGUGCUGAUGUUUGAUAUGAAAGAAGAAAUUGAAGUAGAAGCACAGUUCAUCGCCCAGUUGAUGGAGCAGUUAGAUGUCUUCAUCAGCAUUAAGCCUAAGCCAAAGCAACCAAGCAAGUCUGUGAUUGUGAAAAGCGUUGAACGAAAUGCCUUAAAUAUGUACGAAGCAAGGAAAUGUCUCCUUGGACUUGAAAGUAGUGGAGUUGCCAUAACAACCAAUCCCCCUGCAGUAUCAUGCCCUGCUGGCCUGUCGUGUCCAGGUUUGGAUAUCUUAGCUUCGGCGGGACUUGGACUAACUGGACUAGGGCUUUUAGGACCAACUACUUUAUCAGUAAACACCUCAACUCCAAACUCACUCUUGAAUGCUCUAAAUGGCUCAGUCAGUCCUUUACAGAGUCCAAGUUCUGGCACUCCCAGCCCCACGUUGUGGGCACCCCCUCUUGCCAAUGCCUCAAGUGCUACAGGAUUCUCCUCCAUACCACACCUUAUGAUACCAUCUACUGCCCAGGCCACAUUAACUAGCAUUUUGUUAUCUGGAGUGCCUAAUUAUAGUCAGACAACUCCUUCUCCUCCUCCUGGUUUAACUCCUGUUGAAGUCCACGUCAAUGGUUUGCAGUCAGAAGGCCAAACAGUCUCCUCUUGUUUAAAUGGACAUGUACAGCCUCCAAAUCUGAAAUACGGUACAUUAUCAACCUCAGCUCUUGGAGAUAAAGUAUUGAGUGCGAACCAUGGUGAUCCUUCUCUACAGACAAGUAAUUCUGAACAAGUGUCCACCAAGUCGAAUACACCUGAAGGUUGUAAUGACGCUUUUGUAGAAGUGGGCAUGCCUCGGAGCCCCUCCCAUUCAGCCAGUGCCAGUGAGCUCAAGCAGAUGAUGAGCUCUUCCAAGGUCUCCUGUUCUAAGAGGCAAACAGUGGAAUUAUUGCAAGGCACCAAAAACUCUCAUUUACACACGACGGACAGACUGCUCUCAGACUCUGACCUCAGUGCGGCAGAAAGUCCUUUGGCCGACAAAAAGGCUCCAGGGAGUGAACGCGCAGCAGAGAGGGCAGCGGCAGCUCAACAAAACUCGGAAAGAGUACGCCUGGCUCCACGGACAUCAUACGUCAACAUGCAGGCAUUUGACUAUGAACAAAAGAAGCUCUUAGCAACCAAAGCUAUGUUAAAAAAACCAGUGGUUACAGAAGUGAGGACACCAACAAAUACCUGGAGUGGUUUGGGAUUUUCCAAAUCCAUGCCAGCCGAAACUAUAAAGGAACUACGAAGGGCUAACCAUGUUUCAUACAAGCCUACGAUGACGACAACUUAUGAGGGCCCGUCAUUGUCUCUUUCCCGCUCCAACAGUCGGGAGUACCUAGGAAGCGGAAGAGAAUCUGACAGUUGGAGAGAUCGGAAUGGAAUGGGUCCCUCGCCUAGUGAACUGGCAGCAUCAAUCGGCAGCCCGAAACGCAAACAAAACAAAUCAACGGAGCACUAUCUGAGCAGUAGCAAUUACAUGGACUGCAUUUCCUCGCUCACGGGAAGCAAUGGCUGUAACUUGAACAGCUCGUUCAAAGGGUCUGAUCUCCCCGAGCUCUUCAGCAAACUCGGCUUGGGUAAAUACACCGACGUAUUCCAGCAACAAGAGAUUGAUCUUCAGACAUUCCUCACCCUCACUGAUCAGGAUUUGAAGGAACUGGGGAUUACCACUUUUGGUGCCAGAAGGAAAAUGCUGCUUGCAAUCUCAGAACUGAAUAAAAACGGAAGAAAGCUUUUUGAUCCGCCAAAUGCACGGGCUUCUUUCCUGGAAGGCGGGGCCAGCGGAAGGCUGCCACGCCAGUAUCACGCAGACAUUGCUAGCGUCAGUGGUCGCUGGUAGCAGUAAACUGUCGGCAUGCAUUCAAUGAACAGUUAAAAUGGCCCCAGGAAACCUGUGGACAGCUUUCACUGCACACCACCCUCAGCACUUUGGGCGAUGGAUAUCAAGGACCAAAGCAUUUUCUUUGCACAAGUACUACUUGUGCCAAAAAAAAAAUAAGAAAAAGAAGAUAGAAAACACUUUCUUGCCUGUCGUCUUUCAGAACACCAAAAGUGGAUUACUUUUUACUUCUGUAGAUUGGACAGAAUUUGCAAUAAUAAGAUAGUUUUUUUUGUUUAGUAUUUUAUUACCUAUAACUAUAAUGUAUGCACUGAAUUUUUUUACUUUGAAUGAAGGAAUAAUUGGACCGCUGGGAUGCCAGAGAGGGUGGACUAUUGGUUUUUAUCAAGAUGGGAUUUUCUGGUACUGCUUCAAAAUAAUUAUUGAGGUCUUUCAGCACUUUACAUGUUCUGAUUUCUUGUCCUGUGGAAAUAUUUUUCUCUCUGUCAUUUCCAUAGCAAAUGCCUUAUUGGUGCAAAUCAAAUUUAAUCACUUGUUCUGACAGUAGAUGAAAUCGUCUCCUGAUAACGGUACUAGAUCUCUGCAGAAUAUUCCACAGUUGAUGGGGAAAUGUUCCAAAGGGAAUUCUCUUGGUCCAAGACCAAUCCUAUUCAUUUCAUUUCAUUUAGUAUCAUAGAAACACUUAACAACGAAACUAGUUCACUAUAACAGGUGCAAUGAAAGACCAAAAUGGACUUUGCAAUAUUAACCCUUUGCAGUCAUAUUUAACUGCCGCCUGUAUUGCUAAAAAAGAUUUUAAUGGUUGUCUGAAGGCAAAGGGCUAUUUUUAGUAUACUGACACUAAAGAAUAUCUAUUUAUAUCAAACUUUUAUUUUUAGAUUCUAUAAGUCUACAGUACAUAACAGGUUGAACUGAAAAUCUACUAAAGAUUUAUGGUAGAAAAAUGAAAGGCAUUCAUCAGACUUGAGCCCAAGACCAUUCCUUGGUUUAGACAGACAACUAAUUGUUUUUGACAAGACAGCACUGUUGCCAUUAUAUCAUGAAGCGUGUGUUCUGGUACUGUGUUCACAUGCAGUGGAGAUCAGAGAACACACAUCCAUGUUGUCUUACUUUAGACUGGUGAUUGUCAAGAAGGAAGGCUUUAACCUUUCAGAUGAGAACUCUCCAAGAGUGGUUGGGUUAAAAAAAAAAAAGAGGCCAUGUUGGAAACGGUUAGAGCUCACUAUUUCAUUCAUAUACUGUGAAAGUCCAAGAAAUCUGGCAAUAUUGUUUCCCGUGUCUUUUCGGAUGUUGUCUUAGCAAUUUAUGAAGGGUUCAAAUGUCCCGGAGAAAAUCAUAAAGUGCCUCUCUUUCUGCAAUGCAAUAUUCAUUUUUGAAGAACGUUAAUUUGUUGAAAUACUUUCCCAGAGAAAAUAUUGUGAAUUCCUGUACUGUAAUGACCUAUUUAUGUUCAGUGUUCAAACAUUUAUAAAUGGACAUAAACCACUGUUGGAGGCUCUUAACAAAAGGCAUUAGAUUAGCAUUUACAGUUGGUGGCAUUUUAUGCAAACGUGGGGUGAGAAAUACUUGCCUUUCCCUUUCCACGGUGACUCUCGCUUUUAAGGAAAGAAAGUAAAUCAAGGAGCAAUUUUGCACGCAUAGAGGAGUUUUGGACAUCUUAAUAGCAGUCAGUGGUUGCAUUGAGGGCAUAGAUAAUGAGGCAAUCAUAAAACUAUCAACUGUAAUUAGUAGUGAGGGGCUGCUCACUCUUGGUUUGGACCCAGGCCACUUAAUGAUGUGUUAACUGAAUGACUGCCACAACAAAUAGAAUUGGUUGGAAUCAUUUCCAGUGUAUAAGCUAAUAUGGCUCAAAGUGACUUCCCAAAUCUCUUUAGUUACACAUUCAUCUGGGAGGAAGGGGUUCCCGGGGUGUCCCACUGUUUGGCUGAACCUGAACUCUGACUGGAGCUGUUUGUUUUAGCUAGAACGUAAGGCAGGAGAGACAUUGGAGGGCAUCUGUCUUUUCUCUCUGAAUGCACACCACAUACUUCAGCAGUUUUCUCGGAGGACGUUGAAGUGAGUAUAUGGGAUUCAGCCAGGAGGGGUCCGCAUAAGUGGACACGUUCUGAGCUAAGCCAGAGUGAAGGGUGACCCAGGGUAACGUUGCAUUCAGAGGGGCUGCACAAAAAACCAAAACACACUGGAAAGGAAUUUUCUCACUUCUUUUGGAUUCCACAAAGGGAAUAUGACACUGCAGAGUACAGUGUUGUCAGUGUUAUAUUAUGCACAAAGAGUUGGAUUGUUCGACGAAAAUGUUAGUUUAAAAUCUGUGCCUUAAUAGCGACCAGAUAUCUGUAAAUAUAGAGCAGAUACGGAUUGUAAUUUUGUGUGGGUUUGUGUCCUGUUAGUCGAUUUUUAAGAAAUGAAAUAUGGAAUUAAACAUAAAAAAUGGGAAUUUUGCCAAACUAAUCAAUUGUUAUAUGAAAAUAAAUUUAUAUAACCCCCUUGCAUUGU